GCCCACAGAUUCCCUCACUGUGACUGUUCACUUCAGCAGCAUGAGACGCUCUCCUUCACUCUGGAUCAGACGCUAAAAUUACUACGCUUUCUGGUCAAACAACGCCAGCUUGAUCACGUUUACAUUAAUGCGAGGGCUACGGGCAGGAUUGCGUUUCUAAUGGAGCAAUAUCGGCUUUCUCUGCUAUGUUGGGGGACUUUUUUGAUUUCUACAGUUGUCCUGGAUGGGAACGCAGUCGGUGAGUGAAUGUCUUGACACUUCUCGCGCGCUCCUCAACUUGGCAGAUGGGAUGCAUCCUUUACAUCAUCCGUUUCGGCUUCCUCAACUGUGUAAGUUCUGUGACUUGGAGGUCUCCAAUUGUAACGGCACCGGCACCUGUGACACCAACUGCAGCAUCACGUCCAUCUGUGCCCAGCCUGAUGAGAUCUGUGUAGCUAUCUGGAGGAAAAUUAAUGACAACACCACGAUUGAGACAUUGUGCCACAAACCCUCUGAGCCCCUCUACGGCAUCAUGGUGGAGAACUACAACAACACCAAGUGUGAAAUGAGAAAGAGGAUGUCAAACAGAGGCCCUUUCCACAUCUGCUCCUGCAACGCCGAAGAGUGCAACGACAAGCUGAUAUUCACACUCCCUAUUGGUCCAGACCCCACGAAUAACCAGGUGGUGUUGGUGAUCCUGGUCAGUUUGCUGCCCCUCCUGGUUCUGGCUGUGCUGGUCAUCGCCUCCUUCUACUGGUAUCGCAUGUACCGUCGCCGCAAACUUGAUGAGUGGGAGACCAAGAAGCCAUCCAAACGCAAGGGCCCCAAAGGCCCGCUGGACUGUAGUGACGCCUGCGCCAUCAUGAUGGACGACGACCGUUCGGACAGCAGCUCCACGCACGCCAACAACCUCAACCACAACACAGAACCUUUGCCCAUUGAGCUGGACCUUCAAGUAGGCAAGGGCCGCUUCGCUGAGGUUUACAAAGCCAAACUGAGACAAAGCCCCUCGGAACAGUUUGAGACGGUGGCGGUAAAGAUCUUCCCCUACGAAGAAUACGCAUCCUGGAAGAACGAAAAGGACAUCUUCUCGGACAUCGAUCUGAAGCACGAGAACAUUCUACACUUCUUGACUGCCGAGGAGAGGAAGGUGGAGAAACAGUACUGGCUGAUCACCGCCUAUCACCCACGCGGGAACCUGCAGGAGUACCUCACGCGCCACCUCAUCAGCUGGGAGGAUCUAAGAGUGCUCGGGGGCUCGCUGGCCCGGGGUGUGGCUCAUUUGCAUAGUGACCACACCCCUUGCGGGAGGCCCAAAGUGCCCAUCGUCCACCGAGAUCUGAAGAGCUCUAACAUCCUGGUGAAGAAUGACCUCACUUGUUGCCUCUGUGACUUUGGGCUUGGCCUCCGUCUUGACAACUCACUGUCAGUGGAUGACUUGGCCAACAGUGGGCAGGUGGGUACAGCCAGGUACAUGGCUCCAGAAGUGCUGGAAUCGAGGAUCAACCUUGAGAACAUCGAGUCAUUCAAGCAAACCGAUGUCUACUCCAUGGCCCUGGUACUGUGGGAGAUCACGUCCAGGUGUAAUGCCAUCGGUGAGGUUAAGGACUACGAACCUCCAUUCGGCUCUAAAGUCCGAGAGCACCCCUGUGUGGAGAGCAUGAAAGACAACGUGCUACGAGACCGGGGCAGGCCAGAGAUCCCCAACAGCUGGAUGAAACACCAGGGUGUGGCUACAGUCUGUGCCACCAUCAACGAGUGCUGGGACCACGAUCCCGAGGCCCGGCUCACGGCGCAUUGUGUGGCCGAGCGCUUCAACGACAUGGACGACGACCUAGACAAGUUGUCCACCUGCAGCAGCUCCGAGGAGAAGAUUCCAGAAGAUUGCUCUGUGAGCGUGAGCGAUGACAAAUGAGAGCGAGAGAGAGGAAGGUCACUCUCUCUCUGCAAAAACUGAAUGUUUGGAUCCUUCCAUUGAGAUGGAGUUGGAAGAAUAUGGCCUUUUCAUUAAGCUUUGUUUCAUAACCAAAGAUUUCAUGCACUUUAUCAGAUUAUGCAUAGCUCACACUGAGGAAGGUCAGGCUACUGCGCAAGAGGAGCUGGACAGACGCUGGGUUUUCUCCUCUGACAGCUGACCAAGAGCCAAAUGUAAUCAGGAAAAUGUUUUGCCUCGACACUAAAGAUUCAUAGGAGAUUGUAAGACUUUCUACAGAUCAGUUCAGGAUUUUCUGGAUUUAUGAAAGAAUGUGUUUGGUGAGAGAUUUGUGUGUUUGUGUGCACGAGUGUGUAAGAAUACUAGCGUGUGUGUGUGUGUUUGUAUGUUUGGUGUUGCUUUUACCGAGAAGUGUAUUGUUCUUGCUAGCCAAAGAAAAAGUAUGUUGUAAAUACUGUUCAACCCACACUAUUGAGAGAGCCAAAAAAGGGAAGAAUAUGCUGUACAUACCUAGGGCUGGGCAGUAUAUCGCGUUUGUACGGUAUACCAAUAUAUUUUUAUAAACUAAAUAGGAUGAGGCAAUACUGUUUAUAUCAAUACGUGGUGUUUUCCUCAGUGCAUCGCUUGCAUUUCACAGGUAUAUUCUUAGAAGAUCAUGCAUUUUACUGUCAGGAGUGGACGAGCCUUAUGCAAGAUAGACUUCACAGACUUCAGUGAACGAGCGCUGCCAUGCGCCAAUCCGUCAAAAAUACAGAGAUAUGAUUUUUUUUGGCCAUAUUGCCCAGCCCUACACAUACCAAAAAAAUUUGUUAAUCGAACAGUAUUUUUAAAAUCACAAAACGCCUCAUAUGUUCACAUAUUCUGGGUAUUGAAUUGUGCCUCUCUUUUACUACUUUUUAUGUAAUAUAUUGUAAAUCUUUGAUUAAAAUACAUUUAUGUACAGUAUUGACACUAAAAA